AUGGCGACGAAGGAGGACCAGGAGACGCUCCGCCUACUUGUCCAGCAUGUCUCGCGUGCAUUCUACGAGCCAAAGUACACGAUCAUUAUGGACCAGCUUGCCAGACAUCCGGUCCUCAAGGACGAUGAUUUGGCAGGUCGGAUGGGGCUCCAGCCGAAGGAGCUCAACAAGGUCAUAGCAGUGCUGUCGAAUGACUCACUCGUGAAGAUAUACCGUCAGAACGAGCUGAAGGAAGGUGCUCAGCGGAGCGUCGGCAAGCAGUACUACUACAUCGACUAUGAGCACUUCUGCAACGUCGUCAAGUGGCGGAUAGCGAAGAUGAGGUACAUCAUCGACUCCACCCUGCGCAACGAACUCGACAACAAGGGGUACAUCUGUCCCCAGUGCAAGCAGUCGUACACGCCACUUGAUGUGGACAAGCUCAUGGACUUUGCGAGGGGUGCUCUGAUCUGCGAGAUCUGCCAUGCGGAGGUGGUGGACAACGAAGAUGCGGAGAACGUGCAGGGGAGCAAGGAUAGGAUGCAGAGGUUCAACAACCAAAUGAGGUUCAUACGGGAGGGGCUGCAGAGGAGCGAAGCGAUGACGUUGCCUGCGUUUGAUGUAGCGGCUUGGAUCAAGAACAAUCCUACGGACGCCGACAAGAACAAGACGACGGGGAUCUCAAGCGGAUUGAAGGUCGCCGGAGCGGACGGCACGAGGAAGGACGACGAGGGGGUAGGUGUUAUGAUGGCGAUGGACAAGGACGAGUACACGCGACGAAUAGAGCGGAAUGCCGAAGCGGAGGUCAAGCGGCAACAGAAUGCACUGCCAGCGUGGCAUCUAAAGAGUACGAUUACGGGUGACCUGACGGCACUGGGCGUCAAGGAGAAUGCGAGGGAGGCAGCAGCGAUCGGAGCAGUGGAGCAGAUGACGAACGAUGAUAUUUUGAAGGGGCUGGGUGUCAUUGGCGGGGGUUCAUCAAGGAAUUUGCAGAGUGCGAGUGGAUCGAUGAGUGCUGGCCCUGUGGAAGAUGUGAAGCCGGUGGUUAACGUAGAGGCGGACAUGUAUGACCAGUACUACGCCUCCCUUGCAGCCUCGGCAGCCGCGUCUGCUCAGCCUACACCAUCAGCCACUGGCCUUACCUCCUCUUCUUCAAGUUCGCCGGCAUUCGCCUCAAACUUGAACGAUGACGAUGAAGAGGAGGACAAAAAGCCUGAUGUCGAGUACCUGGACUCCUUGAACGCCUAUCGGAAGCGGUCAAGAUCACAGGAAGAUAUCGGUGGCGACAGUAAAGUAAAGGUGGCCAAGACCGAACUCAAUGGGCUCCCCAACGGCCACGGCAGUGUCAACGGGCAGAUGACGAAUGGGAACGGGCAUUUGGGAGUGAAUGGGUUCACGAAUGGGUAUGCGGGCGGAGCAAGCUAUGGAGGUUAUCAGGACGCGAUCAUGGAUACCUUGCAGGAGGCAUCUGCGGAACUUGGGGUACCUGAGGAUGACCCUAUGGUCAUGGUCGCUGGCAACCCCAAGCCUUACUCGCAGGUGACGGAUGAGGACCACGAUUUGAUGACGCUGGAGGAAUACGAAGCGUACUUCGAGGUCAUGCAGGCGCGGUCAUGA